CACUGCUUUUGAUUGAUCACCUCCGAAUUUUGCUUUUGUUCGUGUUAGGCCUUGCUUAUUUUAUGUAAAUUUAAUAAAUCCUUGACAGAUAUAAACUCUUUCCUUUGAUCGGAUUUUAAUUUGAAAUAAAGAUGUCUAAUGAUGAGGAUGAAGGUUUUGUUCUUCGAAUCCGUGGACUUCCUUGGUCUGCAACUAAAGAAGAAAUUGAAAAUUUCUUUAAAGGUUGCACCAUAAAGACCAAUGGUAUACAUAUGACAUUAUCUAGAGAAGGAAGACCUAGUGGAGAAGCUUAUGUGGAAAUGGCAUCUGAAGAUGAUUUCAAGAAAGGAUUAGAUAAAAAUAAUCAGCAUAUGGGCCAUCGUUAUAUUGAAGUAUUCAAAUCAAAAAAGAGUGAAAUGGAAUGGGUCAUUAAAAGAAGUGGUGCCCAUCAACAAGAUUCACUUAAUGAUGGCUGCAUACGUUUAAGAGGUUUGCCAUUUGGAUGUUCAAAAGAAGAAAUUGCUCAAUUUUUUUCAGGGUUGGAGAUUGUACCAAAUGGGAUAUCCCUACCAACUGACUACCAGGGGAGAAGUACUGGGGAGGCUUAUGUGCAGUUUGCUUCACGGGCAAUAGCUGAAAAGGCGAUGGGGAAACACAAGGAAAAAAUUGGGCACAGGUACAUAGAAAUUUUUAAAAGCAGUUUACAAGAAAUUAGAUCAGCUUUUGGAGCUGGACCUCCAAGAAUGAGACCCAGUUUGGGUUCUAAUAGGCCAGCACCUUAUGAUCGAAAUGACAGAUUUGGAGGGCCAUCAAACAGAUAUGGUGGAGGACGAGGAAACAGAAAUUUCCGUGGUUUUAUUGACGAUGGUGGUUAUCAAGGUUAUGGUGAUAUUGAUUAUGGAAACAGUGGAAAUUUUGGAGGAUUUGGAAGUCGUGGAUUAGGUUCCUCUGGUGGGGGAAGAGGAGGACAAGGAGGAGGAAGAAACAACAGAUUUGGUGGUGGUGGCGGCGGUGGCAUGAUGGGUAGAAGUAGAGAUGGAUAUGGUAAUUCAGGAGGUCAUUUUGUUCACAUGAGAGGACUACCUUUCCGUGCAGUAGAACAAGAUAUAUAUGAUUUUUUCCGUCCAUUAAAUCCUAUAAAUAUAAGAAUUCUAUAUGAAAAUAAUGGUCGGCCUUCAGGAGAGGCAGAUGUAGAAUUCAGUACUCAUGAAGAGGCAGUAAAAGCCAUGGGAAAAGAUAAAGCAAAUAUUCAACAUAGAUAUAUUGAAUUAUUCCUGAAUUCAUCACCAAGUCCGAUCAACUGUAAUAUGGGAUUUGGAGGUGGUAUGCCUAAUCCAAUGGGUGGAAAUGGUGGAAAAGGACAUAUGAUGGGAUUUGACAGAAAUAUGGGUAAUCAUAUGGGAGGAGGUGAUAAUUUUGGUGGAGGAAGAUUUGGAGGUGUUGGUGGAAAUGGCCACUUCUACGGAGGACCACAUGACAUGGGAGGUAAUUAUGACAGUCAUCCCAUGGAAGGUGGAAUGGGAAGCAUGAUAGGUGGUAACAACUACACUGCGUUUUGAAAAGUCUGGAUUCUUUUUUAAUGUCGUAAUUUACAUCAUGUCCCAGAAACAUAUUCAUCAGUUUUAAGAUUUGUAAACUGAUGUAAUGUAAUGUAUAUUCAUCAAUGUUGUUCUGAUCGUUAGACUCAUCAGUGGAAAUUGGUAAUGAUUACAAAACGGAAAAUUCUUAUUUUGGGCAAAUGACCACAGUAGUAAGAAUCUUCAAAAA